UUGUUGAGGUGCCAAUGACGAAGCCAUCCUUCCCAUCGACAUGCCUGUUGGCAUCUCUGCUGAGCCUGCUGUUGCUUAUAAUGGCCCAUGCACACGCCGCGGCCUCGAUGGGGCAUCGCCCUUACGCGAAAGCGCACAGGGAAUUAGGCGCGCGGCUUGUUAAAAAGCACAACAGGCCGCCGUUUAAGCCCGGCCCUUGGAAACGCGCUCGUGCUACCUUCUAUGAAGGUGGCCCCGGAACCUUUGGUCGUGCAUGUGGGUACAGCGACGUGGAAAAGGAAGGGUAUGGGCUGCAGACGGCGGCAUUAAGCAUGGCGCUGUUUAACAACGGGCAGAAAUGCGGCGCUUGCUUUGAACUCAAAUGCAUGGACAAUCCUGAUUGCAAGCCUGGGCAGCCCUCCCUCGUGGUAACCGGCACCAACCACUGUCCACCCAACUACAACGCUGCCAAUGACAAUGGCGGAUGGUGCAAUCCCCCCCUCGAGCAUUUCGACAUAGCCAAGCCUGUUUUCGCCAACCUUGCCGACUAUAAGGCCGGCGUCAUUCCCAUCACUUACCGCAGGGUUCCAUGCCAAAAGCAAGGAGGAAUUCGCUUCACAAUCACUGGAAACCCAUACUUCAACGAAGUAAUGGUGUGGAACGUGGGAGGAGCUGGGGACAUAACGGCUGUCCAAGUCAAGGGCCACCGUAAGCUGAAAUGGACCGCCAUGUCUCGUCUGUGGGGUCAAAAAUGGACCACCAACGCCAUGAUGGUUGGCGAGUCGCUCACCUUCAGGGUUCGAGCCAGCGAUGGCAGAUUCUCCACUGCAUGGCAUGUUGCUCCCGCCAAUUGGCAGUUUGGUCAGACCUUCGAAGGCAAGAACUUUAAGUAGAACAACCCCACAGUGACUCAUUCUUCAAAAGCCUCAAUUUAUGAUGUGCACCCCUGCAAGUCAAAUGUCUCAUGAAUUUCUACCACAUUUCUAAUAAAUUUAUAA